UCUCCGAGAGCUGGUGUGCCGUGUCUCGACCUGGGUGCCACAUGAUACAGCCGACGGCAGCCACAUUCGUAUGUGACAGCUAGGUGGCGCGAUGCAACAGGUUAGCCUGUCGUUGUGCGUGGCUACCUGAAGGGAUACGCGAUGAUAUGUUAAGAACACCACGCGUCUGCUGAACCCUCGUCUGAAGAUCAACCACGCUCACCCUUCAUCUCUCUUUCUCUCUCUCUCUCUCUCUCUUUCUUGCACCAAGCAAGUCGGCCUUGCACUCGAGAUGCGUUUAUCAACCGCCCUUUUGGCAGCGGCCGUCCAGCCGGCGUUCGCCUGGGGUAACGUCGGUCAUCGCACCGUUGGCUACCUUGCCGAGAAACACUUGACCGACGAAGCCGCCGCCGUCUUCGGGGAGCUCCUCGCCAACGACCGCAACUACGACUUUUCCGAUGCCGCGACGUGGGCGGACACGCUUCGGGGCCACAUGGGCUGGGCGAGCAAGUAUCACUACAUCAAUCCCCCCGAUGACCCGCCUCGUGUAUGCGGCAUGAAGUAUCCCCAAGACUGCCCGUCGAGCGGCUGCGUCAUAUCCGCCAUUCAGAACUACACCUCCCAGAUCCUUGACACCUCGCUGCCGCACGUCAACCGCAAGAACGCAACCAUGUUUGUUAUCCACUUCCUCGGCGACAUUCACCAGCCCCUGCACGCCACCGGUAUCCUCCGCGGCGGCAACGACAUCCGCCCCGUCUGCUGGCGCCGCCAACCGCACAACGGCGUCUGUACGGGGCCCAUGAGCCUGCACUCCGUCUGGGACACGCAGAUUCCGCACCGCAUCCGCGGACUGCCGCCGCACGUGCGCCCGUCAGAUGAGAAGGUCGCCGCGGCGGCGUGGGCCGACGAGCUGUACCUCCGGCAGGAGCAGGCCGGGGUGAACGCCACGGCGGGGCACUGCGUCGACCUCGACACGGGGGCAUGCGCGCUGGGGUGGGCGAGCGAGUCCAACGCCUUCGUGUGCUCGCAUGUGCUCAAGCCCGGGCUGGCAUGGCUGAAGGGGAAUGACUUGAGCGAGGGAUACUUUGAGGAGAACUGGGAGGUGGUCGAGGAGGUCAUCGGGAAGGCGGGCGUGAGGCUCGGCGCAUGGCUAAACGCCAUCGCGGAGAGGCUGGCCAGCGAGAAGGCGCCCGUGUUUGAGGAUCUCUGAUUCGAGUCGUCUGGGAAGACGCCUGGAGGCCAAGAAGCCUCGGUCGCCGCGUCGCCCGCCGUCGGUCGGUUGUGACAGUGACAGGCUGGAGGCAAGCAUCUGAGCGGACGUACUUGGCACUUGGCGGUUACCCGCGCGUCACGCCAAGAGCCGACGUGCAUGCAUGUUGAGGCUCAUGGCGGUUGAUAUUCAAAACUUGAUAUGCACGUCCUGAUGCACCGCGUUUGAAUGGGUGACGAAAACCACGUCACUAGACAUAUCC